AUGGCUGAAAACAAACCAGAAGAGAGGAAAAUCCCAGUCUUUACAGUCAUAAAGAACGGUGCCAUUCUCAAGAACAUCUUCGUCAUCAACAAACCACCACCACCACCAUCACCCUCCAUCACGGCCGUCGAAAAUGAAGAAAACUCAGUUCAAGAAGAUGAAGAGGAGGAGGAGGAAAUCUUGAUGGUUGGUCGACAUCCAGAUUGCCACAUCAUGUUGACUCACCCUAGUAUCAGUAGAUUUCACCUCCAGAUUCACUCUAAACCCUCUUCACAGAACCUCUCUGUCAUCGAUUUAUCGUUUGUACACGGGACGUGGGUAUCAGAAAGAAAGAUUGAAUCUUGUGUUCCUGUGGAGCUGAAUGAGGAAGAUACUAUAACGAUUGGUGGGUCAACUAGGAUCUAUAGGCUGCAUUGGAUACCUCUGAGCCACGCAUACGAUAUGGAUAAACCGUUUGUAUCACCCUUGGAUGUGCCCGUCGCAGAAGAGAAAGAAGAGGAAAAUCAAGUGGAAACGCAUCAGGUUGAGAAAUCUGAGCCAUUUCAGAUUGGAAAGAGUGAAUUGAGUGGUUCAUUGGUAGUGGAACCAAAAGAAGAACAAACAUGCCAGGGUUUGAAUUCUUUUUCAACUGAAAAUUGUGAACAACUUGAAAAGAAAAAGUCAUUGGUGGUGGAAGAAAAUGAAGAAGGAAUUUGUCAGGAUGAGAUUUCUAUUUUUGUUCAUGAUAAACCAAGUCAAUCUCUGGAUUGGUUUUUGGAGGGGAUUAUUUCCUUGUUUUGUGAUGAGGGAUCAGAGUUGCUUCCGGAGACAGAGAUUCCAUUUUCUGGGAUUGUACCAAUAGACUUGGCUUGUCCCGCUGGGGGUAAUAUGUCAGUGCCUAAAGAGCAGCAAAUUGAUAAAGAUAAUAAAAUCCCAUGUCAUGGUUCUAUAACAGAAUUUAUGCCAGAAACUGAAAAUUUAGAGAGUUCCUUAAGAUUAGAGAAAAAAUCCAAGGUUUACUCUGAGUCUACGAAUUCAUCUUCGGUUUUAGGGGGAGUUGGAUCAGAGAUCAUUACUGAACAGGUCCACAGAGAAAAUGAACCGCUGCUGUCCGUCGUUAUGCAACCAUCUGAGGCAGAAAUGCAAGAGAAGCCUUCGAUGGACAAAAACUUGAAUUUGCUAUCGGCUUUAAACUCUGGUUGCUCUAAUGAAGAAGGCUUUCCAGAAGCUGAAUUGUCUAAAGCUGGAAACCACAGCCCAAGGGAAGGCCUUGAACAGAAGGAAAUACCAAGCUUUUGUUCUUCUGUUCUUGAAGAGUCUGUGAACUCGUCUUUGCCUGUUGGGGAAGUACGCACGGAGAUUAUGGAUAACAAAAAUAGCCAGACUCCACAAUCUCUGUUUUAUACAGAAGGUGUUGAAGACCAAGAAAACUCUGAAGUUUCUCCACUGAGAUCAGAUAGAAAGCUUAGCUCACAUAGCAUUUGGUCAAGAAGAGGUAAACCAGCGAGUGUUCUACAGAUUCAAACAAACUAUAGAAGCGGAGGAAAGACAACAAGAAGUCACAGUAAGGCUGAUGUAGAACUGCAGAUACAGGAGGAUAUUGAAAACAAAUCAAUUUCAAAGAUACUUUUCGCUGGUUUUGAAGAGGAGGAAGAAGAAAUCUUUACUCCAAACAAGGAGAAUUUCUCCCCAGAUACUCUUCCACUAAAGUCCUUGAAAAGGAAGGGUAAGCUGGAAAAAAUUAAGCCUUCCAGGUCAUACAGAAAAUCCUCCUCAAAGGUUACUAUUAGCCCCAAUAUCCAGCCAGAAGAAGACUUGAAUUUUUCUUCAGACAAAGAGAACCAGACACCAAAAGUUCUCCAAGAGCAGAAAUUAGCAAGACAUGCCUCCAGAAAUCAAGUGAACUUGGAAGAGGAGAGGGCGAUAAUGAAGAAAAGAGCAGAAAGGGUGCCAUUUCAAUCCCUUGUGGCAAACUCUUCAGGUCAGAGGGGAUCAGAAGCCUCACUUUCUAAUGCCACAACAAGAAGCAGUCAUUCUAUCAAUUUGCUUCAACCCAUGAAGGUCACUAAUUCCUCGUCCAUUGGAGAGAGAAGGAGAAGCUGGGCCAUGGUAGUGGAUGCCGCUACUCUUCUAGACAAGGAGUCAAGGAGAUCAUUACAGAUAUUGCAAGGUCACUUUCUAGUGUCACCAGUCCAACAGAAUAUCGUGACGGAUAUUCCUUCAACCUUGCAACUCGACCCAGCUGUGAUGAGUUACUAA